CAAAAACUUAUGUAACCCUAACCUUAAAAUAAAUUCUUUUUGAGUCAAAUAUUUUCCAAAAAGAAUUUCCUCUUUUAAUUUAUUAUACAAUGGGUAAUUUCCUGGGUCACGUCCCUCAGAAUGGUAUCGAUUUGUGGCGGCAUCCCGAGAUAACGCCCCAUCCGGAAGAAGAACCCACUUUUGAUCCGAUGCUGGGUUUUCCCAAUGGUAGAAAGCCUAGGGUAAUGAUUGCUACCAAAGACGAACUAGUAUCAGCGAAAAUUCCUCUACAAGACCGAGACUAUUGCGCGCACAAAUUGCUCAUAUACCAGGGCUGCAGGAAGGACACUUUUCCUUUUGUCGUAAAGUGCGCCCACGAAAAACACGAUUUUCUCAACUGCAAAUAUGACGAUUUCGUCAUAAGAAUGAAAGAAUACGAAAGGGAACGCCGUCUUAGAGUGAAAAGACAAGAAAUUAUUCAGCAACGUCAGAGCCAACUAAUUGAAGCCUAAUAAAUUUUGAUUUUUUUCUAAAAUGUAGUAUGGAUUAUUUAUAAAUAAAAUUUGUUUGAUGUUUUUCUUGUUUGUGAUACAAUGAUUUAGGUACUAAAAAUAAAACAAACU